CACGAGUCAGCAAGUCACAGCAUUGUGAUAGGACCCUAAACUUUCAUGGGGGAGCUGGUAAUUGCUGCAAUUGCUGGCAAUGCUGGGGUCGUGAAAGCUUGCCUUUCCAAAUAGACACAGUCCCUCUAGCUCGAACACGCCUGCAUUGAUGUCUUUUCCCGAGGCCUCACAUUCUUGCUGCGACCAGGUUGUGUUUUGGACCGCCAUUGUUUAACGGCGCACACAAACCUCAAAAUGAACCGCCUGUGGAGCCUGUCCGACCGGAGGACAGCGGCAAAAGUGUCAAAUCUUGUCCGUUGGCUGCAGAGCCGGCCGCUCAGCUCGCUGCUGGUUGCCUGCAUUGCUGUAAGCUUUUACGUGGUCGGGCUACUGCAUGGCAGAACGAGCAAAGCGCACAUAAGCAUUGCAACUUUGUACACAAGCUCUGGGAGCGAGGUUUGUCCGCCAUGUGACAUUCCUGAGGGGCUCAAGGCGCUGAUACCGGCCUUGCCGAGCAAGUACGAAGACCUAUUGAAGAGCACGGCAACGCGCUGGCUGACUCCAUGGGACAAGUACGAUUUUGAAAGCGCGUCGAUAAGCACCAAGAUGGUUGAUAACCUUUGGGAUUACAUGCUGGACCGCGGCCACUCCCACUCCUCCUUCCGAGUCCGCGUCAUCAACGGCUCCCUCAUCUGGCCCCCGACGCUGAUGCAAGCGGCGUUGCAGGCCAACAUUUACUACAUGCCACGUGUCCACCACUGGCACAACCUGUUUGAGGCCCUCGAGGCAGCGCAUGGGCUCCCGGACUAUCUCGACAUGGUCAUAAGCAUCCAGGAUCGCCCCAAGCUUUUUCGGGCGCCCUUUCACAUGGACAAGGCACCGCUAUUUGUUUACACCACCACAUCCGACUUUGCUGAGAUCCCACUCCCGACGACCGAGUACUAUGGCAAGAUCAAGCAGCUGCUGCCGUCGGAACUAGAGGAUGCGCAGAGGUGGGACGGGCGCACCGCUAAGGCGAUCUGGAGGGGCUCUCCAACAGGUGGUGAGUACACCAAGGAGAACUUCUGGCGGUACCCACGCACUCAUCUCGUGAACCACACUCGGGCGAACUCGGAUAUUUUGGACGCGAAGUUUCUACCCUGCGCGCCAGGGCAAUGCUCAGAACAGACCUUCCAGGCCAUGAAGGAGGCUGGGCUGCCCACCGAUACAAAGCAGUUCUCUUUUGGGGAGUUCACGUCUUACAAAUACCUGAUAGAUAUCGACGGAAAUGCAUGGAGCAGCCGGUAUGCGCAUGUCUUGGCCUGCGGAGCUGUGUUUUUCAAGGCCAACUCGCCAUACACGGAGUACUUCUACGACUUCCUGACCCCGUACAAGGACUAUAUACCAAUAGCAGAGGACGCGUCCGACUUGCCAGAAAAGCUUCGCUACGCAGUGGCGCACGACGAAGAGAUGCGGUUGGUACACCAGCGGGUGUUGGAGAAGUAUGCUAAGCUGAUAGGGAACGGGAACUGGUUGAAGUAUGUUCACUAUUUGCUCUCGGAGUAUUCCUCCUUGCUAGAGCGGCCUGCAAUGAUGCUAACCAAGGACGUAAUGAGAUUUACUGGGUCUAGCUAGCAUUACGAUGAAACAAAGACGUUGUCUAGUUAGGUUGGUCAACUAUGAAUCAUGCAUGCUUGAAAGAGCAAAAGCUUGAAGAGUAGAAAUUCGUAAUGAGUAAGCAACAUACAACAUACAAGUACGUUAUAAGCGUUCUCGAAGAAUCAUGCAUGCAUCAUUCGAUAAGUUAUAGUAAGGAUCGCCGAU